UGCAGGGGAUUCCUGAUGAGGGUGGAGUAUAGAAGAAUGGUGGAGCGGAGGGAAUCCAUCUUCUGUAUCCAGUACAACAUUCGUUCAUUCAUGAAUGUCAAACACUGGCCAUGGAUGAAGCUGUUCUUCAAGAUCAAGCCCUUGCUGAAGAGUGCUGAGUCUGAGAAGGAGAUGGCCAACAUGAAGGGGGAGUUUGAGAAAACCAAGGAAGAGCUUGCGAAGUCUGAGGCAAAGAGGAAGGAACUGGAGGAGAAAAUGGCAUCUCUAAUGCAGGAAAAAAAUGACCUGCAGCUUCAAGUGCAAUCUGAAGCUGAUGCUUUGGCUGAUGCUGAGGAAAGGUGUGACCAGCUCAUCAAAACCAAAAUCCAACUCGAAGCCAAAAUUAAGGAGGUGACUGAAAGGGCUGAGGAUGAAGAGGAAAUUAAUGCUGAGCUGACAGCAAAGAAGAGAAAACUGGAGGAUGAAUGUUCAGAGCUGAAGAAAGAUAUUGAUGACCUUGAGCUAACACUGGCCAAGGUGGAGAAGGAAAAACAUGCCACCGAAAACAAGGUAAAAAACCUGACCGAGGAGAUGGCAGCCCUGGAUGAGACCAUUGCCAAGCUGACAAAAGAGAAGAAAGCCCUCCAAGAGGCCCAUCAGCAGACCCUGGAUGACCUGCAGGCAGAGGAGGACAAAGUCAAUACUCUGACCAAAGCCAAGACCAAGCUGGAACAGCAAGUGGAUGAUCUGGAAGGGUCCCUGGAGCAAGAGAAGAAACUGCGCAUGGACCUGGAGAGAGCUAAGAGGAAACUGGAAGGAGACCUGAAGCUGGCCCAGGACAGCAUCAUGGAUUUGGAGAAUGAUAAGCAGCAGCUGGAUGAGAAACUGAAGAAGAAAGACUUUGAAAUCAGCCAGAUCCAGAGCAAGAUUGAGGAUGAACAAGCUCUGGGCAUGCAAUUUCAGAAGAAGAUCAAGGAGCUGCAGGCAAGUGUCUGUUCCUUCCCCUGCCUUGCUCAGCCCCGUGACCUGGAAGAGGCCACGCUGCAGCACGAAGCCACGGCUGCCGCCCUGCGCAAGAAGCACGCGGACAGCACAGCUGAGCUGGGGGAGCAGAUCGACAACCUGCAACGCGUGAAGCAGAAGCUGGAGAAGGAGAAGAGUGAGCUGAAGAUGGAGAUUGAUGACUUGGCCAGCAACAUGGAGUCUGUCUCCAAAGCCAAGGCCAACCUGGAGAAGAUGUGCCGCACACUGGAAGACCAGCUGAGUGAGAUUAAGACCAAGGAAGAAGAGCAUCAGCGCAUGAUCAAUGACCUCAAUGCUCAAAGAGCUCGUCUGCAGACAGAGUCAGGUGAAUAUUCACGCCAGGUGGAAGAGAAGGAUGCUUUGGUUUCUCAGCUGUCAAGAGGCAAACAGGCUUUUACCCAACAGAUUGAGGAACUCAAGAGGCAUUUAGAUGAAGAGAUAAAGGCCAAGAAUGCCCUGGCCCACGCCCUGCAGUCCGCUCGCCACGACUGUGACUUGCUCCGGGAACAAUAUGAGGAGGAGCAGGAGGCCAAGGGGGAGCUGCAGAGAGCCCUGUCCAAGGCCAACAGUGAAGUGGCCCAGUGGAGAACCAAAUACGAGACGGACGCGAUUCAGCGCACAGAGGAGCUCGAGGAGGCCAAGAAGAAGCUGGCCCAACGUCUGCAGGAUGCAGAGGAACAUGUUGAAGCUGUCAAUGCCAAAUGUGCCUCCCUGGAAAAGACAAAGCAGAGGCUGCAGAAUGAAGUGGAGGACCUGAUGAUUGACGUGGAGAGAUCCAAUGCUGCCUGCGCUGCUCUGGAUAAGAAGCAGAAGAACUUUGACAAGAUCCUGGCAGAAUGGAAGCAGAAGUAUGAGGAAACGCAGGCUGAGCUGGAGGCCUCCCAGAAGGAGUCGCGCUCUCUCAGCACGGAGCUGUUCAAGAUGAAGAAUGCCUAUGAGGAGUCCUUGGACCACCUGGAGACAAUGAAGCGGGAGAACAAGAACUUGCAGCAGGAGAUUUCCGACCUCACAGAGCAGAUUGCUGAGGGAGGAAAGGCAAUUCAUGAGCUGGAGAAAGUCAAGAAGCAGGUUGAGCAGGAGAAAUCUGAAAUCCAGGCUGCUCUGGAGGAAGCAGAGGCCUCCCUGGAGCAUGAAGAGGGGAAGAUCCUGCGCCUGCAGCUUGAGCUCAAUCAAGUGAAGUCUGAGAUUGACAGGAAGAUAGCAGAGAAGGAUGAGGAGAUUGACCAGAUGAAGAGAAACCACCUCCGAGUCGUGGACUCCAUGCAGAGCACCCUGGAUGCUGAGAUCAGGAGCAGGAAUGAAGCCCUGAGGCUGAAGAAGAAGAUGGAGGGAGACCUGAAUGAAAUGGAGAUCCAGCUGAGCCAUGCCAACCGCCAGGCUGCAGAGGCACAGAAGAAUCUGAGAAACACUCAGGCAGUACUCAAGGAUACCCAGCUGCACUUGGAUGAUGCUGUCAGAGCACAGGAUGACCUGAAGGAGCAGGUGGCCAUGGUGGAGCGCAGAGCAAACCUGCUGCAGGCUGAAGUUGAGGAGCUCCGGGCAGCCCUGGAGCAGACAGAGCGGUCAAGGAAACUGGCUGAGCAGGAGCUUCUGGAUGCAAGUGAGAGAGUUCAGCUCCUCCACAGCCAGAACACCAGCUUGAUCAACACCAAGAAGAAGCUGGAAACAGACAUUGCCCAGAUCCAGGGUGAAAUGGAGGAUACCAUCCAGGAAGCCCGCAAUGCUGAGGAGAAGGCCAAGAAGGCCAUCACAGAUGCGGCCAUGAUGGCAGAAGAGCUGAAGAAGGAGCAGGACACCAGUGCCCACCUGGAGAGGAUGAAGAAGAACCUGGACCAGACAGUGAAGGACCUGCAGCACCGUCUGGAAGAGGCUGAGCAGCUGGCACUGAAGGGAGGGAAGAAACAACUUCAGAAGCUGGAGGCCAGGGUGCGGGAGCUGGAAGGGGAGGUUGAUGCUGAGCAGAAGCGCAGCGCUGAAGCCGUGAAGGGUGUGCGCAAGUACGAGCGGAGGGUGAAGGAACUGACCUACCAGUCUGAGGAAGACAGGAAGAAUGUCCUCAGGCUGCAGGAUCUGGUGGACAAGCUGCAAAUGAAAGUGAAAUCCUACAAGAGACAAGCUGAGGAGGCUGAGGAGCUGUCCAAUGUCAACCUGUCCAAGUUCCGCAAGAUCCAGCACGAGCUGGAGGAAGCCGAGGAGCGGGCUGACAUUGCAGAGUCACAGGUCAACAAGCUCCGAGCCAAGAGCCGGGAGAUUCAUAAGAAGAUAGAAGAAGAGGAAUGAGUUUCCCAAAAUUAAAUAGUGACCUGAGGCAUGCAUAAAAUGUAAACCUCUGUGUUGCUUUCUUCAGUAAUUAUCUUAUAUGUCUAGGCAAUAAAGAGAGUAGAGAUUCUUGCA